AUGACCCAUGUCAAAAUGCUCUCUUCCGAUCCUGCACCCAAGGAUCUUCUUAUAGGGGCCGUCAACCCCUAUGCUUUCGUGGAAGCUCUCAUCGGCAGAAAAAUGGACAGGAAGUCAUUGGAUGCGCCUCAGAUUAUAUCUGAUGUUCUGCAGACUGACUACAAUGAGCUGUUCGAUAUGAAGUACAACUCGGUGCUCUAUGCGGGAUUGAAGCUCAAUACUAAGGAGAACACGGCGGAACGGCUAUCGGCCCAGGAUAUGCAUAUCUUGACUGAAGACGACCUCGAAACCCCCGAUCUUUCCAAGAUUGAAAAGGUGUCGGAUCUUCAUGACAUUGGGCUGAAAGAUAUCCCUUCAACCAGGGUGAAGCAGGCCUGGAUCCAAAACGGAAAUCUGAAUCUGGUGCUUAACCCGCACCCACUGGGCAAAACCCUAUCUAACUCGGCUGUGACCAGCUCCAUCUCUGAGUUGGUGACCCCCUUCAGGCAGGCAAAGGGCCCAUGGACCCCUCCUAACAGCUCAUGGCGGGAUAUGGGGGACUUCUUCCGGGACGUUACCGAGUUCAACGAUCCAGUGCAAGGUGCUGUCGGUAACAGCUGGAUGAUCGCGGCCAUUUCUGCCGUGGCGUGGGCUGAUCCUUACGCCAUUGUUCAUCGUACUCGGGCCACUGGCGAAAGCGAAACCAAACGAGUCAGUGCAAUUCAUCUGUACAGCAAAGGAGGGAGGAACGAUGCUCCCACAGCCAAAGUAGAAGUUACUGGUGACAUCGUCGUCAACAACUCCAGCAACCAGGUAGUGUAUUGCCGCUCGAGCGACACCGGAGAGAUCUGGCCUUCAUUGUACGAGAAGGCGUUCGCAAAAUGGAUAACCCAAGAACGUUCCGAUCACCCAGACAUCACACAAACGGGUGGCGGAGAUCCCGUCAAAGCAAUGGCACAGAUCAACAACAAAGCACCAAAUUACUACUAUACACAUUCGCGCCCCGCUGGUGAUCUCUGGGGAAUUGUUCGGGCUAAUUGCAUGGGCUUCAGAACCAUCAAUCCCAUGACAGCCUGGACUUAUGCAUCAGGCGAGAUGUACAGAGGAAGCAACAUCGUAGGCAAUCAUGCUUACACGGUGUUGGGCUGGACCUCUCAGGGGGGAAAACAAUAUAUUGUCCUGCGCAACCCCUGGGGCGUUACUGAACCAACGGGCAUGAGCACCUACCCAGGUCUCCUGAGCUUCUUCGAUACCAGCUUCUGGCGUCCCAUUAACAUGCUUGGUAACGACGGAGUGUUUGCCUUGGAGGCGUCGGCCUUCAAGAGCUAUUUUGCAGGGUUGGGUGUGGCAAAAUAA